AUGUCUGACAACGAAGGCCCGCGCCGCGAUAAUGAUUCGUCGAAUCGCGACAGGAGCGAUAAGAAGCGCAAAUGGGCCGACAAGGAUCGCAGAAAUGCUUCGAGGGGAGGAGGUGGACGGCACCAGCAUGGAAGCCGUCCGAAUAAGAAGAGAAAUAUGGGGCGUAAGGAACAUCAUUCUACCCAAUUAGACCGACGAGACCGCAAUGCCGAACAACAAGCCAAAUAUAAGGAGCAAGAGGAGAAGGGCGAGGACAGGCCGGCUCUGCCUGCAGCAUUCCCUGCAGAGGAAGUCGAGGCAGAAGAGCGCAGACCGAAGCGCAAAGUCGCAGUCAUGAUCGGCUACUCGGGUACUGGCUACAAGGGCAUGCAAAUCGACUACAAGCAAAAGACCAUCGAGGGAGACCUGUUCAACGCUUUUGUCGCGGCCGGCGCCAUAUCGAAGGCGAACGCAUCCGACCCCAAGAAAUCGUCUCUCGUUCGUUGUGCGCGUACCGAUAAGGGUGUACAUGCUGCAGGCAACAUUGUGUCGCUGAAGUUGAUUAUCGAAGAGGAUGAUAUUGUUGAAAAGAUCAACAGCCAUCUACCUGAUCAGAUCAGGGUGUGGGGCAUUCAACGAACCAUUGGCUCCUUCAGCUGUUACCAAGCAUGCGAUUCGCGAUGGUACGAAUACUUGAUUCCGACCCACUCGUUCCUCCCACCGCAUCCUUCAAGCUACCUAGGAAAAAAAUUGGAGGAGUUCGCGGAAAAGGAGAACGACGUUGAGGGAUACCGCAAGAGACAGGCUGAGGUAGCCAACUUCUGGCCUGAAGUGGAAGAGAAACACAUUAAGCCCAUUUUGGAUUCGCUCGACGACUCAAUACGGCCGCUCGUGCUCGAAGCACUGUACAACGUCGAUACCGUUGACGCGCCGCCUGGUGAAGACCGCAUAGUUGACGCCUCUAUCGACCACAUAGCCAAGCAAGAGAAGCCUGUGAAUACCGAAGCCGCUGAAGAGACCGCAAAACCAGACGGCGGCGAAGUUACCCCGAGUGAACAGACCGCAAACGAGGUCAAAGAAGCUAUAGAUACGAUACAGCAAAACGAUCCCAGCAUCACCCUCGACGGCUCCACUGACGGCUCUCGUGCCCUCCCCGAAGGCGUCAUCAACCAGCCCGUUCUCGAAGAAGCCAUCAAGACCCUGAAAAGGGCGUACCUAGACGUCAAGAAGGCGUACCGUAUCUCUCCUGAGCGGCAAGCACGCGUCCAAGCCGCACUUGACAAGUACCUCGGAACCCACCGGUACCAUAACUACACCGUGCACAAGAAGUACAAUGACAAGUCCGCCCAGCGCUACAUCAAGAGCUUCAAGGUCGCACCCAAGCCUAUUAUCAUCAACGACACAGAGUGGCUGAGUCUGAAGGUACACGGUCAGAGUUUCAUGAUGCACCAAAUCCGCAAGAUGGUGGGCAUGGCUGCGUUGACAGUACGAUGUGGUACCGACCCUGAGAUCAUGGACAAGAGUUUCGGCAAUGAAGUUGUCCGGAUACCUAAGGCGCCUGGCUUGGGCUUGCUGCUUGAGAGGCCGGUGUUCGAGUCGUAUAACGCGAAAUCAGCUAAGCAACAUGGACGUGAGACGAUUGACUUUGACAAGUACAACGACAAGAUCGAGGACUUCAAGGAGAAGGAGAUUUACCAGCGUAUCUUCCGUGAAGAGGCAGAGGGUAACCAGUUUAACACCUUCUUCACGCAUCUGGAUAACUACAAGGACCCGCAGUUCCUUUACCUGACCUCCGGUGGUAUUGAGGCCACGAAGAGGAAGCGAGAGGACAAGUCCACACAACAAAAGUACGAAGAGGACUCUGAGGAUGAGAACGCGAGUGGUGGAGAGGGUUAG